GAAAAGCUGCCUUUGUUUGUGCCAAAAUGUCCGAGGUGCUGCCAUACAACGAGGGCAAAAUGAGCGGCUACGGCGCGGACAGCGAGGUCAGCCAGAUGUCCUUUAGCUGCGGACUGCAGGACACGAGCGCUUUCUUCGCUGCGUCGCAGGCGAAGAGACCUCCAAAGCUUGGACAGAUCGGCAGAGCCAAACAUGUGGUGAUCGAGGAUGACCGAAUAGACGAGGUCCUGAAGGGGAUGACAGACAAGUCUUCACCAGGUGUUUAAACACAAACAACGCCUCGCAGACUUUUUUAAUUUCAGUCACCGAUUUGAAGCACUUGUCGGCUGUGCAUGUUCGAGGAUUGCAGGAGAAGACACGGAGGGCACCAAGCGAGGAUGGGAUGAAGAAAGGGAACUGUGAAAGAAGAACGGAGGGUGGAUUGAAUGGAGAAGAGGGAGCUGGAGAGCUGAAGAGGAGAGAGAGAGAGAGU